CCGGUAACGCUGCGGUCUCACUUCGCAGUGAAACAUUUUUGAGCCUGAAAGAAAUCCUUUGAUUUGCUGGAAAAAUAGGAAUAUCAACCAGGAUGGAGCGCAACAUGGCGCACAACUUGACCCGAGGGGAGCAGAGGACCAAGGAUGUGGAGCCUGGACAGGUGAAAACCUUCGGGGAACUGCGCCUGUCCCAACCCCUGCUAAGGGGACUGAAGCGCCACAAUUUUGUGACGCCAACGAAGAUUCAGGCGGCCGCCAUACCCAUGGCCCUGACUAAUAUGGAUCUGCUGGUACAGUCCAAAAGCGGAACCGGCAAGACGCUGAUCUACGUUAUUGCCGCCAUGGAGGGCUAUCGUCGUGGGAUGACACGACCUCAUGCCUUGAUCGUGGUUCCAACUCGAGAGCUGGCCAUCCAGGUGCAGGAUACCUUCUUCUACCUGUGCGAGUUCUUCCAGGACUUUCAAUCGGCCGCCUGUAUCGGCGGCACCGAUGUGAGCACCGAUCGCAGGCGCAUCAAGAAAAGUCGCAUCAUCAUUGGAACCCCAGGACGCCUGUUGCAUCUCUAUCAAAAUCGCGUUCUGGAUGUCUCCAAAAUCGCUCUUCUUGUCCUCGACGAGGCGGAUCAGUUGUAUCAGACGAAGAGCCUCCAGGAUACCGUCACUCAAAUCAUAGACGUUCUGCCCAAGAACCGGCAAAUAAUUGCCUGCAGUGCCACUUACGAUCAGGAUCUGGACGAGCGCCUGGCGAAGAUCAUGAACCAACCCAUGCUUAUAUCGAAUUCCGAAAGGGCCACUGUUCUUCUGGGCAUCCGUCAGUUUGUCUACGAGUUGCCACACCAACAGAACAGUGCCGAGGAGAUGAAAGCUAAAUUGCAGGCUCUCGGCCAGAUCUUUAACCAGUUGCCUUAUGAACAGGCCAUCCUCUUUGCUAGCUCCCAAAUGCGAGCAGAUUCGUACAAGAACUACCUGGAAGCCAGUGGUGUGGAGUGCCAUUUGAUCACGGGAGCCUUGAAACAGUCGGAGCGCUUAAAUGUCUUUGAGGGCUAUAGAAACUUUACCAUGCGCACUUUGGUGGUCACCGACUUGAUGGGACGCGGUGUGGACUCUGCUCAUGCCAAUCUGGUUGUAAAUCUGGAUCCUCCAGAUAAUCAUGUUACCUAUCUACAUCGCAUUGGUCGCGCCGGUAGAUUUGGAUCAAAAGGCAUAGCCAUCACGUUUGUUGCCUCCGCGAAAGAGAGCCAGAGAUUCAAGGAAAUGUCCCGAAAGAACGCCACUGCUUGGUCUGUUCUGGAGUAUCCAAAAGAGCAAGUGCCAAAGGACUUCAAUUUCUGGGAUUUCGAUAAGUACAAUUUUCCUUAUUUCAUCAAGGAAGACAUUCCCCUUCAGGAAAUGCCCGUGAAGCGCAUACCACCUGUUAAAGAUAAUCCAAACAACGGGGAGUUGGAUAAAGAUGAAGACAAGCCUGAUGUUUCUUCCAAAAAACAAACUUUAGAAAAUUGUCGAAAGCAAGUUGAGGCCACGAAGACAAUGGAAGAGUUUAAAACGAAUCCGAAGACAACUCCAGAUGGUGCCAAAAAUAGUCCAGUGGCCUUACCAAAUGUAAAAGAUUAUAACGAAUAUAGUAAGCCCAAUACCAUAUCUAACAAGGAAAACCUGGAAUUAAACGAAGCGAGUACUUCACAGAAUAGUAAGAAACCCAAUAUCAAAGAACUUAACCAGGUCGAUAAGGAUAUUAAACCGCAUGCUAAUGACAUUUCCCCGGCUAAAGAAAAACCCUUGAAAGGCACUGCAUUGAAGAAGCAGGAAAAAGCCAAUAAAACUCUUAGUCCAUCCAAAUUAUUUGCAGAUGCCUUAACACAGAUUGAGAAGCAAACAACAGAUGCGCAGUUAACACCAGUGAUAACAGUAAAUGAAUAUUACAUUGACAACUACAUGGAUGAAGACAUAAAACCGACAGACGACAAAGAGAACCAACCCUAUAAUGGAACUGUUUCGCAACUGCAGACAAAGAACGACUUGAAUCCGGAGGAGAUGAUUUCACCGGAAUUGACACCAACAACCCUGACCCAGGAACCGUCGCCAACCACAGUGACACCGCCGGCACCACCAGUCAACUCAAUUAAUAACAAGACCUAUUGUCUGGCUGCCCCCACACAGACCAGUUCGAUGACCAUACAGAACAUGGUGAUCUCAAACACGGUGGACGAUGCCAGUAGCAUCAGUUCGGAUAGCUUGGGGUGUGGCUAUCACAGUGAUAAGUCCUACGAUACCUUCUAUACAACCAGUGAUGAGGAACUGAUCUGGGAGAGAUUGGAGACCAAAAAGAAGCGCCUGCUAAAGAGAGGCAAGGGAAAGCGUCGUCUGUUUCUCUACAAAAAACCACUUCCUGAGAGAAAUGUAAACCUCGAGGUUAAACGUAAAUAUAAACUAAAGAAACUUGUUGAGCACAACAAAUUAUCACUUUUGCCUGGUACGAAUCUGAAUCACAUGCUCAAGAAAGUCAAAAAUCGUGAGAGGGUCCUGCAAAUGCUGUACGACUACAGCAAGAAAAACAAUUUGGACAAUGCAAAGGUUGCCAAUUUGCUGGAUAAUUUCUAUGACACCAUGCUGGAGCUUUACAAUGAUAACAUCAAAGAGCGCAAUAAGCAAGCCUCAGAGUCCCUUAAGGAAGACUUGGUGUCUCUUGGUCAUAGUCCUAGCCAGGAGUCUUUGAUUUUGGAGAAGCCAGAGCAGCAGAACAAGCUGAGUGUCCAUGUGACCCAUCAGAUGAAUAUUCCACCCGUGCCACAAGCCGUCAAUGAUGUCCGCAUUAAUAGCGAAAGCGAAUCGGAGUCCCACGGGGAUUAUGACGAGGGUGAAGAUGUCUAUGUUGACGAGGAGGAGUCAGUGAGUGACGAACACAAUUCAUCGAGUGGUUUUGUGGAGAGCAACGAGAGUGUUUCCUCCGGAAUCGAUACCUCAGUUUACGAAACUGAGUCUACAGGCAGAUCAGGCAAUGCUUCGACCUCCUUUUUCACCGAUGAUGAGUCCGGCAGUGAGGAAGAUGAUAGCUUGGAUUCCACCGAAGAAGAGGAUGAAACCACGGAUGAAGAAGCUCCAAGCAACGUUAGCUUGGCUGGAUCAAGCACUCAGGGAUCUGUGGGAGAAGAAAGCACCGUUGAGUCUUCGCAUGCUGAUUCGGAUGAUGAUUCCGUGACUGUGACCAACGUCAUACCUGUGCAGAAUGCCACCAAUGAUGCCCAAUCCAUGUGGCUGCAGACCUUCAACAUGCAGUAUCAAUUCAUUGCAUCCCAUGUGGCCAAUCACCUACAAAACUAUAACUAAAUUGCUAGGGAAGCAAAACUAGUCGAAACUCAGGCCGUAUCAAUAAAAAAUUACUUUAUCCACAAACGAAACGGAGCAGUUCCAAGAGGCUGAAUCAGUCUCUCUCUUUUUACAUCUUUAUAUCGUAGUCUGUUAAAACGUUUUUUCUCUUGAAUACUCAAUAUCAAGAUAGUUGAUACCAUGUUAUAGACUUUGGAAUGCGAACGAUGAAUGUUUUGUAUGCAAACAAUAAAUUGCAGACUUUGUUACCAAAAAUAAAUGAAUUUAAACAUGAA